AUGAUUGACUUUUAUAGUAUCAUUCAUCAACGAGCGAGCAUACCACAAGCAAUCGAAGAGCUAGGCAAGGCUGAAUGCUUGAGCCCGGCGGAAUUCGUUGAAGAGUUAGAGCUAGUAAGAUCCAGAAAUCCAUACUAUGCGAAGAAGCUGAUCAAAGCGCUCUCAGAGAACACGCAACUCAUCGAUGGAGAAUCUUGUCAAAGCGCAAGACUUCUGGCAGAUGAAACAUCUGGUAGCGAGGCAAUCGAGUUGAGCGAAUGGGUUUUUGAACAGUACGUGGAAUUUUUACCAUUGGGAACUCCAGAGCCAACUUUCUCUGAUAUUAUACGCUACACCAUCAGUCCCAGUUUAGCCAUAGAUGUGCAGGAAAAGCCAUAUCUACUCUGUGCCUCUGGAACUACGGGGUUCCGGACAUGGGAAGCCGCACUUUACUUGGCAGAGUUUUUGGCGCAAAAUCCAGCAGUCUUGGGUGGUUUGACCAGCAAUUCGCGAGUCCUCGAACUGGGCGCGGGAACAGGCCUUGUCAGCAUAGCGUGGGCCAAACUGCGCGGCACAAGCACUACCGAAUUAUAUGUUACAGACGGAGAUUCUACUUUAGUCGAGCAAACCGCUCGUCACAAUUUUAUGCUCAACGGCAUUGAUACUACGGACGCUAAAUACAAAUUUCAAAGACUUUGGUGGGGCGAAGACGCAGUUCCCAACGUCGAUCUGAUUUUAGCAGCCGACGUCACUUUCGAUGCCUCGGUGAUUCCACACUUAGUGAGUUGCCUGGCCACAGCACUGAUCGACCAAACCGCUAGAUUUGCCAUGAUAGCUGCUACAGUGAGAAACGAGCAAACCACAGCGGUUUUUGAAUCCUGUUGCGCUUCCAAUGGUCUGAAAACCACCAUAAUUGGAAUCAAACCGAUGGAUUUCGCACCUAUUCGAAUCUACCAAAUAGAACGAGGGAUCUGA